GGCGAAUAAUGUGCUACGUUUACAGCCACAUGAAGUUGCACAUGUGCAUGUGCUGACUCGAUCCGAAGUUGGAUCACGUACGUUCACAAAUAUGACGAAAAUUAAACGUCUGAAAGCCGGGAAAGGCAAGAGAUGGAGGAAAGGACAGAGCAGCAGCUCCAAUCCGGACGCAAAGAGCCACCGUGCGGCUGCGAGGAACAGAUUUUUCAACUACGACAACCAAGGAAAGGGUGACCUGACAGAGUCGGCGCUGCAGAGACAUAACCAGGCUGUUGAGGAUGAGGAGGGGGACACAGCGAUGGGGGAGGGGGAUGUACAGAGUGUGGUGGGUGGCACGCUGGCCAGCUUCAAGACUGGCUUCAGUGCCUGGUCAGACUGUACCAACGCCACCUUCAACAAGGUGGAACGAUACUGGCAGUCCAACUCAGCACAGGCUCAGGAGGUGUGUGCUGUAUUGGCAGCAGUGACAGAAGUCAUCAAGUCCCAGGGAGGGAAGGAGACGGAGACCGAGUAUUUUGCAGCUCUUAUGACAGCUCUAGAGACGGUAGAGGGUGAGGAAUCCAUGUCUGCAGUCACAUAUCUCCUGGGUCUGGUCAUGAAAAAGGUACCCAGUGCCGUGCUGCAGAGCAGGUUCUCAGAUAUCAGUAAGUCCCUGAUGAACGUCCUGGCAGCCAACAUCAACACAACUACACACUCCAUACUCAGAUGGACGCUGGUGUGUCUGGGUGUGGUACUCCGUCAGCAGGAGGCAGUGGUCUGGAGUGAUGCCUCCACCCUACAGCUGUACCACGGGCUGCUCAGCUUCACCAGUAAUGACAGACCCAGGGUGCGCAAGGCAGCUCAGCAUGCGGUGUGUGGGAUCCUGCGGGGAAGCCCCUUCAUGACCCGUGAGAACCCCCCAUCACACCACCCUGCUGCCUCCGCCACAGCCAAGUUCUGUAUCCAGCAGAUGGAGGAGUGUGGAGGUGGGGGGGAAGCCAAACAGACCAUGUACAUCCUGGGUCUUCUGGAGAACAUCCUUCCCAUCCUGCCCCUGGCCAAUGUCAAGUCCAUCUGUGAGACCAUCCUCAAGGUCAUGACCUUGGGAAAUGUGCUGGUGACAUCAGUGUCCAUGAAGACUCUACACGCCUUCUUCAGAGCACAGCCCAAACACCUGUCCCCAGAACUUAACGCACAGAUCAUCUCUGCCCUGUUUGACUACCAGCCGGGUGAGAAUGAUGUCCAGCCCACACAGGCUUGGCUCACUCUGAUGCAGGCAGCUCAUGUCAACCUAGCAGGUUUGAAUGACCAGCUGUGUCUGUCCCAUCUUCCCCGGAUGUUCAAUGCCUCCAUGGAGUGUCUGUUGUCAGAGAAACCAGCAGUUGCCUCCUCAGCUGCAGAGACUAUGAAGAACCUGUUGAAGAAAUGUGUGGAGCCAUAUGCAGAUAGAAUUGCUCUGUCUGUCAACAAUGCACCGUCAGGAUCCCAGACUCAUGUACACAAGAUAUUUGGCUGUGUGGAGGCAGGGUUACAGUACAGAUUCCAUGCAGCAUGGGGGAAGGUUAUCCAAGUACUAGCAGUCUUCUUUGAGGUACUGGGAAAGCGUUGCCACAGCCUGAUGAAGAGAUGCCUGGCAUCUCUCGCUGACCUGCGAGGCAGCCACAAGUUCCCCCACACCCAGGAGGUGGACCGAGCCUUGGGGGUGGCGCUGCGGGCGAUGGGACCCAGGGUCGUACUGGAGGCCGUUCCACUGCAGAUUAAAGGGGACGAGUCUGAUGACAUAAACUUCCCCCGAAGUUGGCUCCUUCCAGUCCUGAGAGACCAUGUCAGAGACACAGAACUGGGCUUCUUUGUCAAGUAUUUCCUGCCUCUAGCUGCACAGCUCAGAACUAGGGCUCUAGAGCUGCAGCAGGAGGGCAAGUCUGUGCUGUCCAAGGCUUACGACACGUUACAGCACCAGAUCUGGUCAGCACUGCCUGGCUUCUGUACCAGACCCACUGAUCUGGCACAGUCCUUCAAGGGCAUUGCUCGUAUUCUGGGGUCUGCCAUCACGGACAGACCUGACCUACGGAAUAUGGUUCUGCUGGCUCUACGUACACUACUUUCCAAAAGCACUGACACAGAAGAGAACAGGAAGGAACUGGGGAGGUUUGCUAAGAACUACCUGCCCAUCUUGUUUAACAUCUACACCACCGAGCCAAAGGAGGGAGACCCUACUGUUCUACCUGUGCUGGCAACUGUCAAGAGUUAUCUCACUGUAGCACCUGCUCAGUUGGUACAUGAGCUGCAUGAUAAGGCUGUCCAGAAGAUGGAGGCACCAGACACGACUCAGUAUGCCAAGAACGGGAUCAGGAGCCUGCUGGCAGCCCUGGUGCCGUACAUCGACCAGACCAGACUGGCUAACUCCUGCCAGAUCACUGCACCACUGUUGGAGAGUAAGGACAUCACGGUACAGAAGAGAGCGUACCGUAUGUUGGAGGAGAUGGUGUCCUGUUCUUCAGAGUCAUGUCAACAAUUUGUAGAGUCUCACCUGGGACAGCUGCAGACACACCUGCUGGGGACCAUCUCAACCUCCAAGUCACCUGCCAGAGCUCCGAGACUGAAAUGCCUGAUCCAUGUGGUGAAGAGACUGCCAUCUGAUCGAGAGGACUUUCUCAAGGCAAUACUUCCCGAGGUUAUCCUGUGUACAAAGGAGGUUGCAGUUCGUGCCAGACUGGCUGCCUUUACCCUGCUGGUGGAGAUGGGCCAGGCUUGGCUCAGGUGUCGAGGUUCACAGGACAGAAAAGAUGCGAUGGAGGAGUUCCUACAGCUGGUGUUUGCAGGCCUGGGCGGGUCUAACCACAUGAUGAGUGCCACUGUACUGGCCCUCACCAGACUCAUGUAUGAGUUUAAAGACCUGAUCUCAGCCAGUCUGCUGAGUCAGCUGGUGGAGGGCAUCUGUCUGGUGCUGUCCUCCAAGGCCAAGGAUGUGGUCAAGUCUGCGCUGGGCUUCGUCAAGGUGCUGGUCAUGACCACAGACAACAUCACCCUGGCACAGCAUGUCAGACCGCUGGUGGAAUGUCUAGUGUCAUGGGGAGAGGACUACCAGAGAAAAUACAGAUUCAAGACCAAGAAGAUCUUUGAGAAACUUGUCAAAAAGUUUGGAUAUGAGAUGAUAGCCGGCAUGGUUCCUGACUCCCAUCAGAAGGUUCUGGUGAACAUCAGAAAGACUAUGGCCAGGAGUAAGAAGAAGAAACAGCUGAAGGAGGCUGCAGAGCAUGACGAGGAUGAAGAUGAUGAGGAACUCAUGCCUAAAAAGGCUCCUCAAAGUCUUGAUGACCUGCUGGAAGAACUGGACUCUGACCUGGAAGAAGAGGCUGCUGGGAAGGCUGGAAAGAGAGGUCAGAGGUCUGGUGGGCGUGUCCAGGGCGGGGCAGCUUGGCUUCAGGAGGGCCAGGAGGAAGAACCACUGGACUUUUUGGACCCUCGGGCCUCAAAGAGAAUAAUAGCCACAAACCCAGGUGCCAAGGGAGGAAAAGAAGGGGGAGGGUCAGGGUCAGGGUUCAAGAUGGCGGCUGAUGGGAGGAUCAUCAUCACUGAGGAGGAGGAGGAGGAGGAGCAAGGGAAGGAAGGAAAGAAGAAACAAAAGAGGAAAUCUCAUGAUGAUGAUGAUGAUGAUGAGAUGGAGGAUCUGAUGGAGGAUGUCCCAGGACUGAAGACAGGCAAAAGGAAACAUGGAGACUUGGAGGACUCAGAUGAGGAGGACCAGUCUCCACGGAAAUACAAAGCUGGAGGAAAAGGCAUCCACAGGCCACUCAAGCAGGCAGGAGGAAGUUUUGGGGAGGACUACAGGGCCAAGAAAGCUGGUGGUGACAUCAAGAAGAAAGGACAGCCAGACCCAUAUGCCUAUGUGCAACUCAACCCACAGUAUCUCAACAAAAGGAAGCGUCAGAAGAGACAAGGUCAGUUCAAGGGCAUGGUGCGUGCUGCACAGAGGGGAGCUGAGAAGGGGGGGAAGGCACAGAACACCAUGAGGAGGAAAAUGAAAACAAACAAGAAGCACAAAAAGUGAUCAUAUUAGAUAAGAAAUCCAUAAUUCUUUGAGAAAUGUUAUUUACCGGGGGUAUAAGAAUUGUUUUAUGUUCUUGCAAUUGUCUCAACAUUACAGAUUUGCACUGUAGCUUCUCAUUGCUUUUGGUUACACAGGUUCUGUUAUGAUUACAAGAGUAACAUAUGUAUAGUAUAUAUACAAAUGAAAUCCCACCAUCACAUUGUUGACAAGAGUUUCAGAUGUGUGGUCAUGAAAGCAGAAAUUGGUGAAAUGUGACAUGAGCAAUGUUGUUAUGUAUUAAUUUUUUUGGAAAACUUAGGGUUAUAUAUUUUCUACUUAAACUUUUAAGUUUACAAUCAAGAGGUGCUGUAGAAUCUUGAAGUAUGAUUUGGUUUUAUUUUUGCAGUAACCAUUCCACUGCAAAGUCUUAAGAUAUUCUACAAGUUCUGCCAACAUUUCCUGUGUGUUUGGCAACACCCUGCAUGAACAGUCAUUGCACUUAAUGAAGAAGAUCCCUACUGCUUAGUUCAUGGAAAAGGCAAUAGUCUAUACAUAUUAUUACAGCUGUUCAUCAAUGUUUCAAAUGAGAUUUCUGGGUGUUACAAUAUAUCACAGCUAUUUGUCAAUGUUUUUGAUGACCUUAUGGUUCACAGGGUCAUCAUUUGGAGGACAUUACAUGUAAGUCAUGUACAUGUACAUGAUGAAAAGAGCAGGAAUUUCCCUGGUACAUUGAACCUGUAAAAUACUGUACCUAGUGCCUGUUUUCUUUGUCACAACCAGUGGAAGAGAAGCUCAACUCACAA